AUGCCUCCCCAUGCCAACCCCAAUCACGGUCAACCUCAACACUCAGCAUAUGCAGACGGUUUCGCAUCUCCACACACACACCCCACAACUAGACCAGUCGAUUCCGUGCCCUCCUGGUUCCAAGAGACAGCCUUCGAAACCGGAGAUAUAGCCAACAACCAAAAGAGUUCCAGCCAAAGCUCCUUCAAGUCUGACGAUGACGACUCUGACGAUGACGACUCAGCCUCCCAGAAGUCCUCAGCCUCAACAACCAAAAAUAACUGUGCAGCACCCGAAGUCAUGGAACUGGGGAAGUGGGUGGAGAACGCCGAUAACUCGAACAUUACCACUUCCAAAAAACUUCUUCAUGCGUGCCCUAUGGCAUGGACCAGAAAUGGACAGGUGGUAAAAUGCCAGAAGACAUUUGGACGAUUCGAGCAUCUACGACGACACUUCAAGACGCAUAGCAAGGAGAGGCCAUACAUAUGCAAGGUACCUGGUUGCGAGAGGCCCUUCUCGAGGGGAGAUAAUCUUCGCGACCACUACUGGACCCAUGUUGAGCGCGGUGGCAGGGGCGGCAAAAACAAAAAGAUGGGCAUCCCUGAGUUGAAGGCUAUCCUGGGUCCCAAAGAAAAGGAGUUGGCUAAGAGACUUAAGGAGAAACUUAAGAUACACAAGGAGAAAAAGGAGCUGGCUAAGAAACUUAAGUACAAACUUAACAUACACAAGGAGAAAAUGGAGAAGGCGUAG